AGAAAAAAUAAAAAUUCCUUUCCCUCUCCUGUCGAAAGGACAAUCAGUACUCGGAGCAAUGAAAAUAUACAAAAGAUAUCUGUUUUCUGACUGACUUGGUACUCUUUCGAUUUUUCCCCCAUCGGACUUGCGAUAUGGAUAGCAUCAAGAGCAAUCCCUUCCGUUCCAAUCCAAUCAAACUGCAUACGAACUGCCGUUCUGCAUUCCAAUUCCGUAGCCGAGGUCAAUAAUUGCAAUGAAAUCAUACAGCCAGACAGAAGUACUUGUUAAGGAUUACCUACUAGCUGAUGCAAUUAUUCCAUAUACUUCUGUGCUAUGUGGAAUUUUCAUGUGUAAAGUGGCUUAUGAUCUUUCUCAGUUAGUUAGUUCAGUCAAUCUAAAGAGUUAUGCCUCUCUUACGAAGAUCCAAAGGAUUGAAUGGAACAACAGGGGUAUGUCCAGCGCCCACGCUAUUUUUAUCACAAUAAUGUCAUUAUACCUGGUCUUCUUCUCAGAUUUCUUCUCUGAUCAAAUCGAGGGGCCUGUUACAUUGCGAAGCUCAAAUAUUUCUACUUUCUCACUCGGUGUUUCAGCUGGGUAUUUUCUCACAGAUCUUGCAAUGAUGUUUUGGUCAUACCCUUGCCUUGGUGGACUGGAAUAUGUCUUACAUCAUUCACUUUCUCUAUGUGCAAUUGCUUAUGCAAUGUUAACUGGUGAAGGACAGCUGUAUACAUAUAUGGUUCUCAUCUCUGAGACAACUACGCCAGGGAUUAAUAUGCGAUGGUUUCUCGAUACCACAGGCAUGAAACGAUCAGGUGCAUAUCUUAUUAAUGGCGUUUUGAUGUUCUUUGCAUGGCUGGUAGCUCGGAUAUUAUUGUUCAUCUACUUGUUCUAUCACAUCUACCUGCAUUUUAAUCAGGUUCUGCAAAUGCAUGCAUUUGGAUACUGCUUAGCACUUGGGGUUCCAUCAACGCUAUUUAUCAUGAACAUGAUGUGGUUCUUAAAGAUUUUGAAGGGGCUCAAGAAAAUAUUAGCUAAGAGGCAAUGAAAGUUAAGAAACUGCUGGAACAGACUACAGAGUGGGCAGAAGAACAAAAAUAGAGGCAGCUUGUUGGUAAGAGUAAUUUGUAGUUAGAGCUAGUGUUGUAGUUCAUCUUGAUUGUGUAUAAUGGAGUUUGGAAAUGAUUACAUUAGAUGUCAAUAUGAUUUUCUUGCCUUUGCAAUGUGGUCUGUUCAUUUGAGUGCCAUGCUUGUUGAUAAUUAAUGGUUAA